ACAAAAAAUAUGUCACAAAGGCGCCACGCUCUGGUCCUCAUCCCAAAAAUGGUGAAAAGCCCGCCAUUGAAAGCUCUCUCACUCUUCAUCUCCUCAACAGUCCAAGGCCUCCAACAUAGCCACCAAUCCUUGUCCUUCAUCAUACACCACCUUCUCUCUUCCAAAAUGCUACCACACGUUCAGUCUCUCAUUCAACAAAUACUCUCUGGUCGAAUCUCCUCUCCUACCUUCACUUCCUCUUCUCUUCUCCACUAUUUGACACAAACCAAUCUGAGUUUGGAUUCAACCCAUGUUCAUCUUUACGAAGCAAUCAUCAAUGCCCAUGUCCAAUGUCAAUUAACAGAGCAAGCACUCUUCUAUUUCACUCAGAUGAUUGAUAAAGGUCUCGUGCCUGGACCAAACACUUUAAAUAAUCUUUUGGGUUUUCUUAUCAACUCAAAUUGUUUUGAGAAAGCUUGGUGCCUUUUCAAUGAAACAAAGGGUAAGGUUGAAGUGGAUGUAUAUAGUUUUGGGAUUAUGAUAAAGGGUUGUUGUGAGGCUGGUGAUUUGGAUAGAGGGUUUGAGCUUUUGGUUCUGUUGGAGGAGAUGGGUUGGUCUCCAAAUGUUGUCAUAUACACUACUUUGAUUGAUGGGUAUUGUAAGAAUGGAGAUAUUGAGCGGGCCAAGGAGUUGUUUUGUAAAAUGGGAGAGCUUGGUUUGGUUGCUAAUCAAUACACUUACACGGUGUUGAUCAAUGGGUUUUUCAAGAAAGGGCUAAAGAAGGAUGGGUUUGAGCUGUAUGAGGAAAUGAAGCACAAUGGGGUGUUUCCUAAUUUAUAUACUUACAAUUGUUUGAUUAAUGAAUAUUGUAGUGGUGGAAGAACAAGUGAAGCUUUUGAACUGUUUGAUGAAAUGCGUGAAAGAGGGGUGGUUUGUAAUAUUGUUACAUACAACACGUUGAUUGGUGGGUUGUGUCGAGAGAGGAGGGUUUGGGAGGCUGAGAAGUUGGUGGAUCAAAUGAAAAGCGUUGGUAUUAGUCCAAAUGUAAUUACAUGUAACAUGCUGAUAGAUGGGUUUUGUAAGGUUGGAAAGUUGGACAAAGCUUCAAGUUUAUUUGAUCACUUGAAGUCAUUUGGUCAAUCUCCAACACUGGUGACAUACAAUGUUCUAAUUGCAGGUUUCUGUAGAGCUGGAAAUUUUGUCCAAGCUGCUGACUUGGUUAGGGAGAUGGAGGAGAGAGGAAUUUCCCCUUCUAAAGUGACAUAUACUAUUUUAAUUGAUGCCAUUGUUCGGUCAGAUAACAUGGAAAAAGCAUUUCAGAUAUACUUUUCCAUGGAGAAGGCGGGUUUGGUUCCAGAUGUUUAUACAUACGGUGUCUUAAUACAUGGGUUAUGCAUGAAAGGUAAUAUGAAGGAAGCCUCAAAGCUGUUUAAAUCAAUGAGAGAGAAGCAUUUAGAGCCAAAUGACGUGAUAUAUAAUACGUUGAUUCUUGGUUACUGCAAGGAGGGUAGCUCUUACAGGGCACUAGGGUUGCUCAAAGAAAUGGGUGAGAGUAGACUAAUUCCAAACGUGGCAACCUACAGUUCAACUAUUGGAGUUCUUUGCAAGGAUGGGAAGUGGACUGAGGCUGAAGUCCUACUUAAAGCGAUGAUAGAGUCGGGUGUAAAACCAUCGAUUUCUAUCUACAAUAUGAUUUCUAAAGCCAAGAAUGAUACAUGAUUCAAGUCUUCAGGCACUCAUUCUGACAUGGAUAUUGAAGGAAAUGUGAAAUGUGAAGACAAAGAUAUGAAGAUGCUGUUUUAGCCCAAACUGACCACUGUUGCAAAGAGGUUAAAUUGCCAUAAUUCAGUGUAAGCCUCUUAUCUCUUCUUCACUUGAUUAUGCACUACAAUAAUAAUCUAUAGCUUGUGGAACUUACCUUACUAUAACCUAGUACUUCUUAGAGGUCUGCUGUUGAAUAAACAACAUGAAAAUCUCAAUUCUUAUAUUUGAAUCCAAUAGAAAGGAUUUCCUCAAAGUUUAUUUGGUAAAUUAAUUAUGUGAAUGUAUUUUACUUGUAUUUGUCAUUUGAUAUACCUAGUCCACCCUUUGAUCAGACCCCUGGUUGUAUUUAGAAAAAUCAUGAAAUUGAGGAAAUGCAAUAUGGUUAAAAGAAAUGAAGAUAAUUGAUCUCAUUGUUUUCUAAUGGAUGUUAUGCAAUUUGUAACUUUUCUAAUA